AUGGUGCCGGACACGGUCUACGAGAUAUGCCUGCCCGUACUGCAGGACCCCGCCCUGCCCGAAGAUGAGAAGGCCGAUCGCGUCGAGGACGUCCUCCGCCAAGAGGCUCGUCUGACGGGCAAGGCUCUCGAGGAUGCCGUCCUGGGUGUGCUGUGGCGCCAUCGCGACUCGACCCAGGACCCGACCUCUCCGCCGCCCUUACGCGCCACUGUCAUCCGCCGUCCAUCGCCCGCCCCGUGGCAGCCGCGCUCCGUCUCUGCCACANNAACUCGCCGCGUUCUCAGAGCGCAACCAUCCACCCUCCUCCUGGCUUUGGUCCUACCCCGCCUCACUUCACCCGCACAAAUGAACCCNACCUCCUCGACCGAACAAUAUGGCGACUAUGGAAGCGACAACGUCGACUGGAUCGUCAACGACGAUGCCAGUAGCAAUGCUUCUUUUGGUUCCCAUCCGUCAGACUGGAUUCAACCUUCCAUGGUAGAAAUGUCGACCUAUGACAUGCUGCGUUCUGUUUUGCGUGACGAGAAAUCUGACGAAGAGCUCGAGCACGUCCUCCAGUUGAAUGGCUACGACUUCAGCCAGACCAUCAUGGCCUUGGCCGAUCCCCAGGCCUUGAGCGCAACAGAGGCUCAGAACCGGACAUAUCUCGUGGGAAAGUCCAUGAGUCCUACAUCCAGACCUCUCACUCCUUCUGCCCAGUCGAAAAGUGGCAUCGUGUGCAAAUAUUGGCUCUCUUCGGGUCAUUGCGCCAGGGCCGAUUGCCGCUUCAGCCAUGAUCUGAGUAAUCAUCUGUGCAAGUACUGGCUGGCUGGCACCUGCCUCGCUGGCGAAUCUUGCAUCUUCUCACACGACCCCUCCGCCCUCAUGACCAGAUUGACCAUGGAUGAGAAUGCUACACCGCCUACUCAAUCUCUCCAGCCAAAUUUCCAGCUGCAAGACUACGACUCUUUCCCUGCUCUGCAACCCACUAAUUCUAACCCGUAUGACCAAUCUUAUGACCCUUCUCUUCUCAACUCCUUCCAAUCACAGCCACCUACUGUGUCCACCUUGAACCCCUUUGCCAUGUUUGUCCCCUCAAGCAAUGCAAGCGUUCAGUCUUCGUCGCGACCCAACAGUCGUCAUCAAUCUCGUACUGCGACUCCGUCAACCUUGGCCGUCAAUGAUGAUGAAGCAUUUCCUACCCUGGGUUCCGCUGCGGCCUCACGAUCUUCUCGACGCCAUGGCAAGAGAGGCCAUGGCAACGCUGCUAACAAGGAAAGCCCGGUGCCUACACCUUCGUCGCUGGCUGAUGUUGUUCGCAUGACGCCUUCACCUUCUCCUCAAAUCCAGUCUCGAAGAGGACUGAGACCUACCAAGUCGAGCAUUGGGUCUCGUGAGAACAGUGCAGCUGCCAUGGCGAUAGCCGCGCCUGAACAUAUCCCUUGGCUAGAGACUGGAGACUCUGCCAACAAAGCUUACCUUAAGGCUAGAGCUGAAGCCUUCAGACACGGUGGAUUGAGGAACAAAUUGCUUCAGGCUGCUGCCAACAGCUGGAACAGGAAUGAUGCCCGUGGUGCCAAAACUCUCAGUCUCAGAGGUCAUAACGAAAAUCUGGCAAUGAAGGAGGCCCACCGUGAGGCUGCUCGAUGCUUGUACGAGGAACGCAACAAGGGCACUGGGGUUGGCGAGCUCUUCGUCGACUUGCAUGGUCUACAUCCCGAAGAGGCAGUUCAAUACUUGACAUCGUGCCUGCUCGACCACAGCUCGUCCAGCAAACCCGUCUACGCCAUCUGCGGCACUGGACAUCACUCGAAGAACGGCAAAGACAAGGUCGGUAAGGCCGUCCGCCAGUUCUUGAAUGAGUGGCGUUAUGCAUUCCGCGAGUUCAGCGUGCCCGGCGACCGCAACAACGUUGGCGGUAUCCUCGGUAUCGACCCCAGUAGCUACGACAAAGAGUGUGCAAAGAAGAUGCAAGAAGGAGGGCCCAUAUCCGAGGCCGACAGUGGAAUCGGAUUUCUAAGUAGCAGUGCCGAAGACACCAAAGUUCGUAUCCUAAGAAGGGAGGAAUAG